AUGGGCGCGGGGAGCUUCCGCGCGUGCUUCUUUCCGCACAGCGGAAUGGUGGCGGGGGACUGGGACCCCGAGGACAUGGCGGAGCGCGCGGAGCGCAUUCACCGCCUGCGGAGCAGGCGGAUGAAGGGGGCAGGGGAAGGGGGGACGGCGGAGGAAGGGGUGGAAGUUGCGCAAGGGGAACUGGGGAGCGGGGAAGCUGGGGGGAGCUCCGGGAAAUCGCCGCGGAAGGGGGGAGUAAGACAAGGCAACGGUAACAAGGACGAAGCAGACAGGAAAGAGCAGGGAACAGCUGUUGGCGGUGGAGAUCCGAAUAGCGCGGAGGCUGAUAACGAGGAUGACCAAGGCAGCGACGAGGGCAUGGCUCUAGACGAUGAAAUUCGCGAGCCGAGCUCGUUAAUGGAAGCCAUAGCUCUUAGGCGGUCCCUGCAGCGGGUAAGGGAUGAAGAGGACGCAGGGAGGGUUGACGGCGGCGAGAGGGGAGGAGAGGGGAUGGAAGGAGAGAGUUGGGGAGGUAACGAGGCGAGGGAUGGGCGUGAGGAAAGGGGGAAUGUGAUUCAGGGCUUGGGGAUUCACGGAGGGGAGCGAAAGGGGGAGGGUGUGGCGGAGGCGGGGAGAGAGGAGGCAUGGGGAGGGGAGGGAGAGAGGGAGAAGGAAAGGCGAGGGCAUGGAGAGGGGAAGGCGUGUGAGAGGAGGCGGAGCAGGAGCGGCAGUGGGAGUGUGAGGAGCAGUCUGUGCAGCAUAGAGGAGGACGAGGGGGUUACAGGUGAAGGGAGCAGUAGAGCUGAAGGGCUUAGAGGGGAUGGGAUUACAGGUGAUGGCAGCACAGCUCUUUCCAUACAUUCUCGAGAUGUCUUUUCCAGCCACCCUGCUGCAAGUAGCGCAUCUGACACUAACGAGUUUCCAGUGGCGAAUGAUACGGCACGCAUGAAUCUGGGAGGAAUCACGGGAGGGAAGGAGGGGCGGGAAGGGAUGGAAGAGACGAAAGGGAUGGAAGGGAGGAACGGGGCGGAAGGGCAGGUGCGAUCUGGGGCAGGACUUAUUGCAGGAGAGCGGUUCCCAGACAUGCCACCAGCAGGGCACGUGCGGGGGAGAGGAGGGAGUGAAGGAGCGGAGCUGGGUGGCUUUUCACCUGGCAGAUCACCUGGCGUGUCGCCUGGCAUGUCGCCUGCGUUUUCACCUGGGCACUCGCCUUCCCUGACUCCUGCCCGACCACCUCUCGGCCCUCCUCGCCCAUCCCAGUCAUCAUCCCUGUCAGAAGGGAGACUGGAGGUGAAAACAGAUAGUCGCUCAGGCAGCCCUGCUGUUGCUGCUGCUGCUGCUUCCUCACCCCCGCUUGCGCUCCCCCCAGAUACCCAUGGCCAAUCGAAGGCGUUCCCAACCUCAGCAUCAGCAUCGGCAUCAGCAUCAGCAUCGGCACCAGCAUCAGCAUCGGCACCAGCAUCGGCAUCAGCGGCAACAUCUCUGUCGCCAUCCAUGUCCCCAUCACGACUCCUUGCAGCCAUGCCGUCACACCCCUCGCCGAACAUCCCCGUGUCCAAAUCUGGAUUGGAUCUCCCCCCUGCUGCCCACUCUUGGGCACCCGCCACCACCUCACACGCCUCCCCCCCUUCCUCACAGCAUCAGCAGCAGCAGCACCAUCAUUCUAAGUCGCUUUUAGACGGGGCAAGCACCACCCUAGAUGCCAUGGUGACUGUAAGGAGGGUUCCCAGAGUCCCAGGAGGCAAGGGGGGUUGGAGAGAAGCUGCUGCUGCAGGAGGAGACGAUUUUGGGCUCGGAGCCUCGGGAGGUUCGGCAGGAGCAGGUUCGGCAGGGGCAGGCUCGGGGCUCCGAGGCUCGGUUCUUCACUCCCGGUCGUUCCGAGGAGGUUCGGCCGGUGCUGCGAUGGCAGCAGCUGCUACAGCGGCUGCAGUGGCUGUUGCAGGUGGGGAUGGGGCGACCGGGGUAAAUAGCCCCUUGCUGCAGGCUAAGCGAAGGCUGGCGGGAUCUAGUUCUAUGAGAGGAAAGAGUCUAGCAGCGCUGGAUUUUGAAAGGAUGCUGGCUAGUGGGGGUGGCGAGAGGAGAGGGGGCGGUGAUGGUGCUGGUGGCGCUAUUGGUGGUGGCUUGGGUGGUGGUAUGGGAGGGGGAGGGGAUGGAGAGGGUGAGGAUUCGGAGUGGGAAGGGAGAUUGGAGCUGGAGGAGUGGGAGAGGGCGAGUGGGAUAGGAGUGAGGGGGAUUGGAGAGAGGGUUAUUGGAGCGAGGGAGACGGGAGUGAGGGAGACGGGAGUGAGGGAGACGGGAGUGAGGGAGACGGCAGUGAGGGAGGAUAAGGCAGGAGGUGCGGGGGUUGGGGAGGAGGAGGUUCGAAGACCUCCAGGGGACGCAGUGUUGCUUCCAGCAGAGGCUGGCCAAUCAGCUUAUGACAGGGCGGGUGGGGGACCCGGAUGGGAGACCCUGGCGGAAAAACGUGAUGCAGGGAGUUUGCAAGGGGGAGAGGGGAGUUUGCAAGGGGGAGAGAGGCGUUUUCAAGGGGGGGAGGGGAGUUUGCAAGGGGGAGAGAGGCGUUUGCAAGGGGGAGGGGGGAAUUUGCAAGAGGAAGAGGGGAGUUUGGCAAAGCACGCGUCUGAUUCGUGUGACGGGAUUUCUGGGGAAAGCAGAGAGGAAACAACUUCUGAGGCGCCUCAAAAGUUGUCUGCCGCUUGUGAGGGGAGUGAGAGUGGAGGCAGAGAGGGAGGAGGGGAGAUGCAACGCGUGGUGGAGGAAGAGGACGAAAAGAGUAGGGAGAGAAGGGAGAGGAGGGAGAGGAGGGAAAGGAGGGAGAAAAAGGAGAGGAAAGAAAGGAGAGAGAAAGACGGAGAGAAGAGGGUGGAUAAGGAAGCCGCGUUUGCAGGGAUUCGAGGGGACGAGGGAGGAGCAGGACAGGAAGUGGGGGGAGUGAGGGAGGGAGAGGGGGGAGUGGGGGAGGGAGAGGGGAGAUUGGUGGGAGGGGAAACGGAUAGGGACGGGGACAGGAGUGCAGCGGUGCGUAUAUUAAGUGGUAGAUGUGAUAGUGUGGGGAGCGGCAGUGUGAUAAGUGACAGUAUGAGAAUUGAUACUAUGAGAAGUGACGAUAUCAAGAGAAGCGACACGAUGAGAAGUGAGAUGAUGAAACGCAAUAGCAUGAGAAGUGAUAGUAUGAGAAGUGAUAGUAUGAGAAGCAGCAGUGGCAAAGCUCUAAGGAAGAGCAGGAGUACUAAGGGUGAGGAUAAGGUCAAGACAGAGAAGAAGCACAAGGUAAAAAAAGCCACCAGUGGCGAUGCUGCUGCUGCCAUUAGUCCUAGCAGCAACGCAUCAAUGUCUGUAGAGAGGACUGACAGUAACGCAGCAAGCUCUGUAACGAGGACAGAGAGCAAUGCAAGUACUAGCUUCGAUACAGGGACUUGUGGCAGCAUAAGCCCUAUGGAAAGCCCUAGUAGUAGCUGGAAGGAAGGUGGCUCUAGUGGGCGGGAGCUUGGCAGAAGUAGGAGGGAGGUUGGUGGUAGCAGGAGGGAGGGUGGCAGUAACAGGGAAACAGGGGAGAUUGUGAUUCCGAGCAGUGGUGAUGGGAAAAGGAUGGGGAAGAGCAGUAGUAAGAGAACGGGGCAGAUUGUGAGUCCGAGCAGUAGUGAUGGGAGACGGUUGGGGAAGAGUAGUAGUAAGGGAACAGGGGAGAUUGUGAGUCCGAGCAGUGGUGAUGGGAGGAGGAUGGGGAAGAGUAGUAGCAGACGGAAUGGGGUUGCUGGUGGGGGGGAGGAGGAGGGAGGAGGUGAGGUGUCAUCUAGGAGAAGGAAAGAUGGGAGGAAGGAAGGGGAGAGGAGGGAGGGGAGGAGGGACGGGAAGGGGAAGGAUGCAAAGGGGAAUGAGAAGAGGGAGGAAGUGGAGAGAAUGGAAGAGGAGAAAAGGGGGAAAGAAGAGGGUACGAUCGAAGAGGAGAGGGUUCAAGAGGAUAAGGAUGAGGUGGAGAGGGGUGGAGAGGCAGAAGCAUCGGAAAGUGUGAUAGAGUGGACCAAGCAGGGUGUCGUGAAGGGGAGGGAGAAGAGGAGAGAGAAAGAGAGAGAGCAGGAGAAGGGGACAAGGAGAGAGAAGGAGAGAGAGAAAGGGAGAGAGAAAGCAAAAGUGGGGGAGGCAGAGGAGAGUGUAGCAGAGGGAGAGGGAGAAGCGGAGGCAGCCACCCCUGAGGAGGUGGGAGGAGAGGAAGCGGGAGGAGAGGAAGCGGGAGGAGAGGAAACGGGAAUGCCUUGCAAUUUCACAGAGGGGACUUUUCCUGCUGCUGUGAUGCCUGGUGUGGCUCGAGAUUUCACCAUGGCAGAUUUGGGCUGCGAUUCUUUCGAGGCGUCGCAACAGGGUGCUGCUGCUGCCAUGCCCGGUCUGCCUCGAGAUUUUACCUUGGUAGAUUUGGGCAAGCCUUUUGGGACGGCUCAACAGGGUGGUGGUGGUGGUGCUGCUGCUGCUGCUGCUGCUGGUGCUGUUGCUGCUGCUGGUGGUGCUGGUGCUGCUGCUGUUGCUGCUGCUGCUGCUGCUGCUGCUUCUGCUGCUGCUGCUGCUGCUAUGCCUGGUUUUCCUCGAGAUUAUACCAUGGCAGAUCUGGGAAAGGCGGGUCCAGGGUUUGGGUCAACAGGGUCAACAGGGUCAACGGGGCUAGCAGCAGGGUCAACGGAUUUUGCAGAUCCAGCAAGGCUAGCAGAGUCACCUGGGUCAACGGAGUCAACGCAGGUCAACAGCACACAGGUCAGCAACGGACAGGUCAGCAGCAGCCAGGUCAGCGGUGGUACGGACGAGUUUGACUUUGCGAGCCCCCUGCUUACAGUGCGGGUCCCGGUGCGCCCCCUCUCUCAGCUCCCCACGCUAUCCAACCCCUCAGCACCCCAUUCUGACCGCUCAGAACUCCUCUAUACUGCCCCAGGACGGUCUACCAUUCCAGGGCCUCUGUCUGGCCCCACGCAAGAUUUGCCUGUUGAACGUGGUGAGGGAAGGGAGGAGAAACGAAGAGGGGAGGAGGAGAGAAGGGAAGAGCAGGGCGAACGAGGGGUGGGGGAGGAGGAACGGAGAGGAGGAAGAGUCAUGUCGCAUGGGAGACCAGAGGUGGGAGGGGAGGAGAAGCAGGAGGAGCAGGAGGAGGAGGGGGCAGCAUCUCAGCUCGUGUUCAAAGGCAAGAGGAUCCGAGUGAGGGGCGAGCAGGAGCAGUGCGGAGCUCACAGUAGCUUGGAUGGACAGGCAGAGCAGGGCGAGCAGGCCAAGCAGGCAAAGCAGACUAUUGAGGCGCCUCAAAAGCAGGGCGAGGAGCGGGAGCAGGGCGCGCAGGGCCGACCCAUGAAAGGCAGCCGCGACAAUCUAGAAGGCACCCUCCAAGCCCCUCAACGUGAUCCCGAGCUCCCACCUCUCAAUGUGGUUCAGCAGGCCAUGGCUCGCCCCACCAGCUCUGGAUUCCAGUUCCGCCCUCUCCUCCUCUCAGCCCCCUCAGACUUCCCAGGCCCCUCGGGUCCCUCAGGUUUCUCAGGCUUCUCGGGCUCCCAGCGCUCUGCCCCCCCCACGCCCUUUGGCUUUACCGGCACCAGCAGCAGCAGCGGUGGUGGCGGUGGUGGGGGUGGUGUGAGUGGUGUGAGAGAUGGGCAGUACUGGGAUCAGCAUGGGCCUACAGGUGCUGCUGCUGGGGGUGGGUUCCUAGCAGGGGGUGCAGCAGGGAGCAGCAGCUACUGGCAGUGUAGCCGGGAGUUUGGGCCGAUAGGGGCAGCUAGGGUUAGGGCUCAAAGGUGUAGGGAGCAUUGGACGCUUCUUUUCAUGGAUCUGCUUGAUCUAAUGCUCAAACGGACGGCUGGAGAUGAGUCUGUGGACGAUGAGGGGGAUCUGAUGGUUAAUCCGAUGGCUGCGGAUGGGUGUGUGGGUGUGGGGGGUGCUGUUGGUGGGGUUGGGUGGGGGCGUGAGGAAGGGGGGCGAUGGGAGGGGGGUCAGGAUGAGUUGGUGACUGAGGAUGCUUAUAAAGGGUGUAGGACGGAUGACGAAGGGGAGGAGGGUAGAGAGGAGGUGUACAGGGAAGGUGGGUUCAGUCUGGCUCGGAUGCGGCCUGACAGCUUCGGCGGCAGCAGCGGCAGGCUCGGCAGCAGCAGCGGGAGGCUCGGGUCGAUGGUCCGAGCCUCGUCGUCAGCUGCGGCGCAUCGGGACUUUGAGUGGAUCUGCGAGAAAUUCCGAACCGCAACGGAGCUCUCUGAUAGGCUGAAAGAGCGCCACGUCAGUGAGGCGUUUACUGUAGCACUGGCUGUGUGGCUGAGGUUCUGGGAGCAGUGGGGGGAUGGGCCUCCGCAUUGGGCAGAGGAGGAUGAUGAGGAGGAGGGGGAGAUUCUGCUGGAGGAGGGGGAAGAGGGAGAUGAGGGGGAGGAGGGGGAGGAGGGGGAGGGGAUGGGGGAGGAGCAUAUGGAAAGGAUUCCAUCAGGUGCUUGGUUGAGUAGUGAGGGAAGGGGAGGAGGAGGGGGGGAGGGAGGGGGAGGAGGGGGAGGAGGGAGUAUAGGGAGACAGAGGUCGUUGGGUUGGGUGGAUGAGGAUAGGACUGGGAUAGGCUCGCCCGAGCCUUGGGCUCGUAGAGACAGCUUCGGGCGGGUGAGCCGAACCAACAGCAUCAACCGAACCAACAGCAUUAACCGGACCAACAGCAUCAACCGAACCAGUAGCAUCAACCGAACCUUCAGCCGAACCAGCAGCCGCGGCGGCCUCACAACAGCCCGAGUGAACAGCAGAGGGAGCAGUUUGCGUGAGGGGGGAAGCAUGAGGGAGGGAGGGGGACUGCUGCGCCUCUCCUCUACCAUCUCCUCCACCACUGCCCCUGAGCUUGCAGACCUAGCAGGGUUGGGAUUCGCACGCAUUCAAGACGAUUUGGCAGAAGCUGCUGGGAUGCUUGCAGGGGUGGCGCCGGGGUCUGGGAGAGGGGGGGAGACGGGUGGGGGGGAUGAGGUGGGGAGCGGCGUGAUGUUAAUUGGGAGGGAGGAAGGGAAGGGGAAUGGGGGAAAGAGUGGUGAUGAUUUGGCUGGGCCUGUUUCCCGCCCCCAACGGUGGCUCAGCAUGGAAGCUGGUGCUGGUGCUGCUGCUGCCGGUGCCUAUGGCAGUGGAAUUGCGGGCAGAGGGGCAGGAGACCGGGAGGGGGAUGAGGAGGAGGAGCAGGAGGGGGCGUAUGGGAAGUCACUGACAACAGCAGCAGUGGAAGGGGGCAGUGGGCGCAUGGCUUAUGCAGGUGAUGGGAGGGGGCGAGGGGCGGGCAGAGGCAGAGGCGGGGAGGAGGGGGCGGGGAGAGGGGCAGAGGGGCGGCCUGUGUUGGCAGCACCUGCAGCAGCGGCGGCGGUGCGUGUGUUUGUGUGGGAUCCAGAAGGCAGCAUUCAGGAGCAGCUGGUUAGCAUGGCUCUCUGCUCUGACCUGCGUGCUGCUGUCCCUGCUCUCCCUGCUGCCCCUGCUGCUGCUGCUGCUGCUGCUGCUGCUGCUGCUGCUGCUGCUGCUGCUGCUGCUGGUGCUGGUGGUGCUGCUGCUGGUGCUGGUGGUGCUGCUGCUGGUGCUGGUGAUGCUUGUGCUGUUGCUGAUUCUGCUGAUGGGGUUGGUGCUGAUUCUGCCCCAGCAGCAGCAGCAGCAAACCUCCCAGCAGCAGCAGCAGCAGAGCGGGGAUACCCGGACCAGUUCCUUGCCUCGCGCUGCCACCACGACAACAUCCUCGUUUUUGUCGGCCUCGCUGCAGCGCUGAGCGUGUGGCGCCCCGCUACAGCCGCCCUCAUUCUCCUCCGCCUGCUCGACCGCAUCGCCUUCUUCGAGCUACAGCUGGAGCGGGAGCAGGCUGUAGCGGCAGCUGUAGCAGCAUCCGCAGCCGUUGCUGCCGCCGGCGCUGGUGCUGGUACUGGUGCUGGUGGUGGUGGUUAUCAAAGGCUGGGAUCGGUUAGGGGAGGAAGUGCAGGUGCAGCAGGGGGGGGAGUGGGGAGCUUGAGGGGCUCACCUCGUGCUGCUGGGCCUGUGUCACGGUCCUUUGCACCGAUCGGUCACAACCGCACGCCCAGUAUGCAGUUGAUGCAGCAGCAGCAGCUGAUGCUUCUCCAGUUCAACCCAGAAGCAGACGAACCUCCUUCUCACAAAUCCACCACUCUGCACCACUCUCACCGACCCCCCAGCUCGAGCUUUGGCGGCGCCACGUCCGGCAGAGGCUCGGAGAGUUCCGAAGCUGCGAGCGCAAUCAGCAGCAGCAGCAACGGCAUCACCACCACCAGCACCAGCACCACUAGCAGGAGCAGCAGCAGCAUGAGUGGGGGCAGCAGGUCCUGGGCGCCCUUACUGGGCGCGCAUCUGCCGGCGUGCCGCUCGUUUGUAGUGUCGUGCCUGUCUGCCGUCCUGACUGCCUGUAGCGAGCGAUCCGCUGCAGCUGUAGCGGCGUCCACCCCUGCUGUGCAGCGUCUGAUACUUUGGCAGGGCGUGGAGGGGGAAGGGCAGCUGGAGGAGGGCGAGGAAGGGGAGGAAGGGGAGCAGGAGGAAGGGGGUGAGGAGGAGGAGAGGGAGGGAGGGGAGGAGGAGGAAGGGAUGGGGAGACAGGGAGGGAGGAGGGGUGGGGGAGCUGUGAGUAAGGAGCAGCAGAGAAGGGGGUGGACCGUGCCUAGUCUUGCCUCUGGCAUGGCUACUCCCGGUGCUGCUGCUGCUUCCGCUCCUCCCGCCCGCAUUGCCGGAACCUCCCGGGUCUGGGAACCCAUGUCCCUAGCAGCCAUGGCAGAGGUAGCACUAGCAGAAGGGCUUGCCGCUGCCACACACUCGAGCCUGGAGGAACGGUGCGAGGAGCAGGAUCGGCUGUACCUGCAGCUCAGCCUCGGCCCGGGCCUGCUGGGAAUGACCCUGGCGGCGACUAUGAGGGAACUUGAGCAUAUACACCCAGAUGACAGCAUGGCAAUUGCAAGUCUAGCCCAGGAAUUAGGGUUAGACGAGGCGGCGUUUCACGCUGCGCUACGGGCUGUUUCUAGUGGCAGGUUGAAGGCUGCUGGGUUCGAUCGGGUGAUCGGGAUGGUGUUUACGGGUAGAGGGGUUGAGUCGGUCACAAUGCGGUUUGCUAGACUUGCUGCUGCGGUGAAAACGGCCCAGUUCUGGGGGUCUGGGGUAGGGCCUGGGGCGGGAGAGGGAGCUCAUCUCUCUCCCCUCUCCUCUCCUAAUACAGGAGGGAGGAGUGCUGGGGGAGCAGCACAAGGGGGGAGGAGCGCAGGAGCAAGCAGUAGUACAGGUGGGGGGACAGGCUCAGACGCUGCCGUCAAGGCAGAUCCAGAUAUUACCUCCCCUAGAGCAGCAGCAGCAGCAGCCAAAGCUGCCGCCUCUGAUCCUCUCUCCCCCUCUUCCACUUCCUCUCCUGCUCUCUCUAGUUCAACAGUUCCCUCAGCCUCCCCCUCCCCGUCCCUCUCCGCGGCUGCUCCUGGUUGGGCUGCUGCUGCCUUUGCAGUUGCCUCUAGUUGGGGCUCUGCGCUUGCCUCCCAGGCUAGUUCCGGAGCUGCAGCCGCAGCAGGCUCGGGGAAAGGCUCGGCGACAGGGUCGGUGGGUGGGUUGUGGGCGGCUGGCAGAGCAAGCGCUCCUGGGGUUAGUGCUAGCUCAGGCGGUGCCUCAGGUGGUUCUUCAGGUGGUGCCUCAGGUGGUCCUUCAGGUGCCGGCAACAAUGCUGAUGCCGCUGGUCCCAGCGCUGGUGGUAGUGGUGUUGAACUGGUAGUAAGGGAGGGGAGGAGGCGGGGAGGAAGUGAAGGCGAGGUGGGAGCAUGGCUGAGCGAAGGGGUGGCAGCAGAGGAGGGACGGGAGGACGGGGAGGUGAUAUCUGGUGCGGGUAGACCCAAGCCAGGCCACACCCGGGGCAAGAGUGACAUUCCUACGCUGUGGCUGGGGGGAGGGAGCGGCACCAGCGGAAGUGGCACCCUUUCUUCCCCUUCUGCUGCUGCUGCUGCUGCAGCAGCAGGGGGAGGAGGAGGGGCGAGGGGCUGGGCUGGAAGUUUCUUCUCCAGCACCCCCCAUGGGAGCCCGAGAGGUGGUGGCGGUGCUGGUGCUGUUGCUGGUGCAGCAGGGAAUUGGGGGGGAGCUGCCGGGAUGGGCCCAGGCGGGGGACUUGGAGGGAUGGGAGGCGGAGUGGUCACACUCUUCCCCCCCCACCCCGACUCCCUUCGGCCACAUCAGGAACUGGAGGAGGACAGCACGUGUAGCAGCGCUACUGUCUCUUCUGUCUUUGACUGGAAAAGGCAGAGAU